AUGAGUUCACCAAGUAAAGAAACAGAAGAGCCGACGUCAACUAGCCCGCCUGAAAAAAAUGCAGCUAGUGGAAGUGGUGAUCCGGGUGCGUCGGCGGCGCAGGAACGACCGCCCGCCAAGCGCCGUCUUUCCAGCACUGUUAUCGAAAUUUCAGACACCGAAAGCGACGAUUCAGAUGUUUGUGCAGUUAAGUCAUACCAGGCCUCUGCUGAUGAGGUGAAGAGAAUUCGCGGUACGGAAUACUCUUCAUCUUCAUCAUCAUCAGAUUAUAGUUCUGAUUCAGAGUCACCAUGGGAAGACGACUCUAUAUUGGUAGAAGACAAGGUUCACAGUAAAUUGGUGAAGGCUCAGCUCAACCCUAGGGCACAUAGAAUGGAUGAUCCAAAGUUUAAUUCAUUAUUAAAGUCACAAGAAUUGAAAACCAAAUUGAUAAACCAUUGGUCUGAACCUAAAGAUUAUUCAAGUGAUGAAGUGACACUAACUUGUGACCCAUUCCGUCUCUGCUUGCUCCAUGAUUUACUUGAAAAUCCUGAGAUCAUUAACAAUAUUGUUGAUGACAUGAACACACUGGACUGGUCUCGUAAGAAAAUGGAUCUUUAUGAGUUCCAUCAGACUACUGAUCUAGCAAAUCUAACAUGGCAACGGAGUAUUAGAGGAAUUUAUGAGUUAUUAAAGACUGAAGUUAUGAGUUGGGUGUCUGAGGUGACUGGUCUGCUUCUAACGUCAGUCUCCGCAUCCUGCUCGCUGUACGGGCCGGGCGACCAUCUGCUGGUGCACGACGACAUGUUGGCCGACCGUCGCAUCGCCUUCAUCCUGUACCUGGCGCCCACCGUGCACUCCCGAGCGCUGCUUAAUGGCACCAACAUGGAGUCGAAGCGUGGGUGGUGCGGGUGGGAGGAACGGCUGGGCGGGGCCCUGGAGCUGCUGGCGCGGGACGAGCUGGGCCGCGCCGCCGCCGUGCAGCGCCGCGUGUACCCGCGCAACAACAUGCUCGCCUUCUUCAGGGUCGGACAUGACUCCUUCCACCAGGUGGGCGAGGUGGUAUCGCUGGAGCUGCCGCGGCUGUCCAUCAAUGGCUGGUUCCACGGCCCGGAGCCGCCCGACCCUCCCGCUCUGGUGCCGCCUCCGCCCGCCCUGCUCGCCCCGCCCGCCCCCAUGCUGCGCCCGCACUCAGACGUCGUGUUACUAAACCAGUGGGUGGACGCGCCGUACAUGUCUCCGCGGAUCCGCGCGCAAGUGCAGUCGCAGAUGGAGCGCGCGAGCGAGGUGUGCCUGCGUGACGUGCUUCUGCCGCAGCGCUACCAGCAGCUGCUGCACGCGCUGGCUCGCCCCGGUACGUACAUGUCGUUUGUCUACUUGCUGUCUGCUGUUGCGAGUGCAGUCGCAGAUAUAGAGUGCGCGCGAGGUGUUUUGCGCGACGUGCUGCUGCCGCAGCGCUACCAGCAGCUGCUGCACGCGCUGGCUCGCCCCGGUACGUACAUGUCGUUUGUCUACUUGCUGUCUGCUGUUGCGAGUGCAGUGGCAGAUAUAGAGUGCGCGCGAGGUGUUUUGCGCGACGUGCUGCUGCCGCAGUGCUUCCAGCAGCUGCUGCACGCGCUGGCUCGCCCCGGUACGUACAUGUCGUUUGUCUACUUGCUGUCUGCUGUUGCAAGUGCAGUGGCAGAUAUAGAGUGCGCGCGAGGUGUUUUGCGCGACGUGCUGCUGCCGCAGCGCUACCAGCAGCUGCUGCACGCGCUGGCUCGCCCCGGUACGUACAUGUCGUUUGUCUACUUGCUGUCUGCUGUUGCGAGUGCAGUGGCAGAUAUAGAGUGCGCGCGAGGUGUUUUGCGCGACGUGCUGCUGCCGCAGUGCUUCCAGCAGCUGCUGCACGCGCUGGCUCGCCCCGGUACGUACAUGUCGUUUGUCUACUUGCUGUCUGCUGUUGCGAGUGCAGUGGCAGAUAUAGAAAGCGCGCGAGGUGUUUUGCGCGACGUGCUUCUGCCGCAGCGCUACCAGCAGCUGCUGCACGCGCUGGCUCGCCCCGGUACGUACAUGUCGUUUGUCUACUUGCUGUCUGCUGUUGCGAGUGCAGUGGCAGAUAUAGAGUGCGCGCGAGGUGUUUUGCGCGACGUGCUGCUGCCGCAGUGCUUCCAGCAGCUGCUGCACGCGCUGGCUCGCCCCGGUACGUACAUGUCGUUUGUCUACUUGCUGUCUGCUGUUGCGAGUGCAGUGGCAGAUAUAGAGUGCGCGCGAGGUGUUUUGCGCGACGUGCUGCUGCCGCAGUGCUUCCAGCAGCUGCUGCACGCGCUGGCUCGCCCCGGUACGUACAUGUCGUUUGUCUACUUGCUGUCUGCUGUUGCGAGUGCAGUGGCAGAUAUAGAGUGCGCGCGAGGUGUUUUGCGCGACGUGCUGCUGCCGCAGUGCUUCCAGCAGCUGCUGCACGCGCUGGCUCGCCCCGGUACGUACAUGUCGUUUGUCUACUUGCUGUCUGCUGUUGCGAGUGCAGUGGCAGAUAUAGAGUGCGCGCGAGGUGUUUUGCGCGACGUGCUGCUGCCGCAGUGCUUCCAGCAGCUGCUGCACGCGCUGGUUCGCCCCGGUACGUACAUGUCGUUUGUCUACUUGCUGUCUGCUGUUGCGAGUGCAGUCGCAGAUAUAGAGUGCGCGCGAGGUGUUUUGCGCGACGUGCUGCUGCCGCAGCGCUACCAGCAGCUGCUGCACGCGCUGGCUCGCCCCGGUACGUACAUGUCGUUUGUCUACUUGCUGUCUGCUGUUGCGAGUGCAGUCGCAGAUAUAGAGUGCGCGCGAGGUGUUUUGCGCGACGUGCUGCUGCCGCAGCGCUACCAGCAGGUGUCUAGCUGCUGCCUGCUGCUGCGAGUGCAGUCGCAGAUAUAG